GCAAACCAGGCGGCCAUUUAAUUUGUUUGUUUGAAAUUUUAAACAACAAUAUGCCGAAAAAUAUAACAAGUGAAGUGCGUGAAAUAAUUUUAAAAGUUAAGGAAUUUAUGGAUGAAGAAAAACGGAUGCAAGUUCCCAUAAUACCGCUUAGUAAAGUCUACGUACGAGUAUCCGCAGCCACAGGCGUGUCUGAGCGAACUGUUUUAAACAUAGUCAAGGAAGCAAGACUAAUUGAACAAGGUUUAUUAGACCCUGAGACUUUAAAAAAGACACCCAAAAAAAGGGUACGCACAAAGGGUAAAAUUGAAGUUGAUGAGUAUGAUUUGCAAGUAAUACGACGCAAAAUUCAUGAGUUUUAUGCAUUUAAAAAGGAAGUGCCGACAAUAAACAAGCUGUUACAAAUCUUAAAAGAUGAAAUCAACUUCAAAGGUUCAAGAGAAACAUUAAGAAAGAUACUCCGUAAAAAUGGCUUUCAGUUCCGGAAAACGAAAAAUAACAAGGAAAAAGAUCAAGUACCAGAAUCAACUUCCUCUGUCCCUCCGAUGGUACCGCCAUAUAUUCACUCCAUGUUUAGUCAUAAGAAUCUCCAAUCAUAAACUAAUUUAUUGAUCUCAGAACUGAAAUACAAUCUGAAUCUUUAUAUAAUAAAAUGUAUUAUAUUGUUUAAUGUAUAAUGGACUUCUGACAUAAAUGUCACCUGAAAUAAUGGUAUGAAGUUGAAUGUUGUGACUAAAAUUCUUUAAUGAUAAUUAGCUCAUAAGUAAUAAUAUUUAUGUUUAUGAAUCUUCACUAAACUCUAAUAUCUCAUGCUAUCAUUAUAUGCUCUAGUUCUUUGUUAUAUUUGUAAAAAUAAUCAAUAUAAUGUUUAGUCUACAGUUUUUUAGUAUAAUUUAAUAUUAUUAACAUUUAGGAUAUAUUAAUUAGAAUAGAAAGUAUUUUAUAAUUAUUGUACUUUUAAAUAUAAGGAGAACUUUUGGUUUUAAUGAACCAUACUUUCUCUUCUUGAGAUUACUUGAAACAAAGCAUCUGGAUGUAAUUGGUACAAAUCUACAAAUGCCUGUAUUUUUUCAAAUACUCAACACGUGAUAUUAAUAAUUGUGACUCAAUAUAGAAAAUAUAUUUUAUAACUUACUUUUGAUUAGGGUGAUAGUGAACAAUAUAAUGCUUUGUUUGUGUUAAACUGAUUAAACACUGAACAACAUUUACACAUAAAAGACUUAAGUUUUUUUAAUUAUUAUUUUUAUUGUAUGUUCUUAUGUACUUAUUUGAAAUGUAAUAUUCUGACUGACUGUCACAAUUUACAUAUACAGCUUCAACUACAUGACCUUAAAAUUUGGUGGAGACAUUUGUUUCAUGCAAAGUACUAAAGGGAUUCUUGCGAUUUUACAAAGUCUUUAUUCAAUGAGGGUUGCUGCAUUCCGUUAAUCUUAAUUUUGUUAAGGCUGUAAUCAAUUAUUUUUAUCAAACCAAUAUAAAAAUAAUAUAUUGUCAAACAUUCAUACAUUUUUAUCAUUAGUCAAAUGCGGCAUACUAAAUUAAACCAUGUUAUCAGUUUUCAUAACAAGAUUAUCACAAUUGAUAUUGAAACAACUACUAUAACAGCAAAUUUCUUUUGAAUAAGUUUUUAUUAUUAAAAAAUUUGCUUAUUGUGUAUAUAUAAUAAACAAAAUAUAUCAGUAAGUUACUAAGACUUCUAGGUGAUAUUUAUAAAUAUGAUGUGAUAUCUAUAGAAUUUGUUUUUUUAGAUACCUUGGUAUUAAACUCACAAUAAAUACUCGAAAACCAAUAUAUUGAGAACUGAAAACAGUCUAGUCUAUGCAUACGAUUACUUUAUUAUCGUGUUUAAAUGAUAUAGUUCUUUAAAAUACUGUACUGAGUCACAAUUCAAUCAUAUUCAGUGUUGAUAUUUGAAAUAAGUACAAAUAUAUUGUAGCUAUUAAUAAUAUUGUAAUGUAGUUUUAAAUU